AUGGCGGCCGUCGGCGGCAGCAAGGUUUAUCGGCGGCCGAGCAGCAAAUCCAGCAAUUUACGCGCGUUAUCCGAUGCUAGCGCGCAUUUCCUAGUCGUAUUGGAUCUCAUUACAUUC